AUGGAUGAGAACAGAAUAAAAGUUUCUUUGCUUCAAAGUGACGACUCAAGUUGGAAUGUCUUUGGUGUUGAGAAUGAGCAAUUUGAGUCAAUGGUGGAGGGAGCAGAGAAUGAUUUAUCAUGUGGUAGCACAAGUUCUGGGAUUUAUGGUUUGCAAGUUAAGGACGAUGAUGAUUGGCCAAUGGUGGAGAAGAAAGGGAACCAGUUUGUGGUUAAUAGCCAACCCUUUUAUGUUAAUGGGUUCAAUACUUACUGGCUGAUGGUAUUCGCUGCCGAUCAAUCUACCAGGGGAAAGGUCAGUGAAGUGUUCCAACAAGCUUCUUCUGUGGGUCUAACAGUUUGUAGGACUUGGGCUUUUAACGAUGGCCAGUGGCGAGCUCUUCAGAAAUCUCCAUCAGUUUAUGAUGAGGAAGUUUUCCAGGCCCUAGAUUUUGUUGUAAGUGAAGCAAAGAAGUACAAGAUCAGGCUCAUAUUAACAUUAACCAACAACUGGGAGGCAUAUGGUGGCAAAUCACAAUAUGUUAAAUGGGGAAAAGCUGCUGGCCUUAAUUUGACUUCAGAUGAUGAAUUCUUCUCUCAUCCCACUCUCAGAAGCUACUAUAAGGCCCAUGUUAAGGCUGUGCUCAAUAGAGUCAAUACUUUCACAAACAUAACUUAUAAGAAUGACCCCACCAUUUUUGCUUGGGAAUUGAUGAAUGAGCCUCGAUGCACCUCAGACGCUUCUGGUAACACACUGCAGUUUUCAUUAUUUGCUUUCAUAGUUUAUCUUAUUUUUCUGAUGCAUAGGCAGGCAGAGGAUGUCAUGACCUUCUUGCGGGCUGAAAUGGGGACAAGCGGAUCUCUUGAUGGCGCAGCGCUUGUUAGUGAAGGAAGUCCAGAUACAAUUCGUGACAAAGGAAUCGUCGUUUCUUUCUCGGUUGUGAGCAGUGUGGUCUGUCCGGUCUGUAGUCCCAUAAAGACUGGAUUUGUUGCAAGGGUUGGACGUCGAAAUCGGGACAUGACAAUUUUCACUGCUCUUGUUCUCAUGACCUUUUGUAACUUUAAGUGUGAAAUUCUGUAUACUUAUUGUCCAUGA